AUGGCCAACGAAUUGUGUCAGUUACUACCUCCUGAUCAAUUUGAGGGUAUCUCGAUAAGGCAAAGUAGAGCUCUGAGUAGGAAAUCUAACCAUGCAUUAUCGCAAGAGCAACAGUGGUUUGCGAUCUGGGAUAUUGUCUAUCCGGGGAUGAAGCGGCCUUCUUCUGCGUACAUAGAUUCUGACCUAGCUGAAGAGCUUUGCGCUUUUCGAGACUACUACCAGGAUCAAGGGACUUCAGUUAUCAUGGCAUCACUUGAUUCCAAUGCUACGUGGGAGAUGUCGUCAGAAGAACGAAAUUCUAAUGUCCGACGGAUCAUUCGAGAAGCCCUGAACCAGAUCUAUGAGAGGUGGGUGUCCACCCGAAGGGAUGGAUUGGCGAACCCAUGUCUCAGAUCCCAGCCUAGUUCGACUCCUGGGACAUAUGAGUUCCAAACUCCGGAACUACAGCUUCCCAAGGUGCCGGCUACCCCCGAGCUUAGCCAAGGCCAGUCACUACAUCAUCCCGCAAGUUCCCCUUCGGUGGCCGAGUUCAGAGAGGGUGGGCUAGGAUCUUUAGACAUGGGCGGCUCGCCUGACGCUGUUCGAAUCCCUAAGCCGCAGCCAUCAGAACACCUUGCCCAUCUAGUCUUACAAGCGCCUGAUGCCGUGCAGCCUACCGUCAUGGUACCCAAUCAAUUCGGACCCAGUCAGCCCAUACCACCUCAUUCAUACCUUCCUGCGCUAGAAAACCAGAAUGACUGGGACCUCGAGGUGUUCUUCAAUAACUACCCAGGCGAGGCGACACUUACAUAG